AUGACAAGAGAGGAACGCCAGUCACUGAUUCACGAAGGUUCAGGUACUGUCAUGUCCGCUUAUGUGGAGAUUGUAUUUGAUAAUACGGAUCGCAGGUUUCCUAUCGACAAAGACGAGGUCGUGAUCAGAAGAACAAUUGGUAUGAAGAAGGAUGAUUACUCGCUGGACUCCAAACUUGCUACCAAGUCUGAUAUUACGAACCUACUCGAAAGUGCUGGCUUUUCGAAAUCUAAUCCAUAUUACAUCGUCCCCCAAGGUCGAAUCACUUCUUUAACUAAUGCCAAAGACUCUGAAAGGCUGCAGCUUCUAAAGGAAGUUGCUGGAGCUCGCAUUUUCGAAACGAAAUUGAAAGAUUCACUCAAAGAGAUGACAAACACCAGUAAAAAAAGAGAGCAAAUUGACGAGAUGUUAAGGUACAUUGAGGGUCGUUUGGAAGAUCUCGACUUGGAAAAAAAUGAUCUCAAGGAAUUUGAAAAGCUCAAUAAUAAGAAAAAAUCGCUCGAGUAUAAUCUCUAUGAUAGAGAGUUGACGAAUCUAAACGACCAGAUUGAGUCCUUAGAAUCAGAUUAUUCAGCUGCUAUUCAGGAUACUUCUUCUUUGGUUGAGAAACUAGCCGAAAGGGAGAAACAGGCUCAGAGCAUUGAGGCUCAACUCGCAGACCUUACGGCAGACUUGAAACUUGUUGACGUUGACAUUUCUGAAAACGAUGCCGAAAUUAGAGACCUGCUAACCAGUAUAGGAGACACGAGCGCUCGAUUAAAAGAAGCAAAAGCAGAGACUGGUUUCUCCGGUGUUGAUAUUGCUUCUCAACUGGAGGACCUGAAUGGUCUAAUAUCCCAGAAAGAAGGAGAUCUUGGCAGGUGUCAGUGUGCGCUUAAACAAGCUUUGGCGAAGGAGCGCGCUAUCAAAGGCAAGCUAGAUGAAAUGAAGCAACAGCAGCGCUCCCUUCUUUCCAAAAAGGGCCGCUUUUCACAGUUCAAGAGCAAGUUGGAGCGGGAUGACUGGCUCAAAUCAGAAAUCGCUAGUCUGGCUGAGUCUCUCGAAUCCAAAAAAGGAGACCUUACUCUCUACUUGAAAAAUAAGGAAGAAAUUGAGUCUAUGGCGGGAAACCUGGCUUCUGAGCUGAGCGUUGCUAGAAGCGCUGACUCUCUUGACACUGAAAUGGAUUCCCUUGACAAAGACCUGGGGAAAUUAAAGCUCGACUACAACCAACUCAUCGACGAAAGAAAACAGCUUUGGAGAGAAGAAAGCAAGCUUAAUAGUGUCAUCCAGACGUACGAAACUGAAAAAGCCAGAGCCCAGCAAGGAGUCAGCGAAACGAUGGAUCGUUCAUUGGCUAUGGGGCUCGAAGGAGUCCAACGUAUAGCUAAGGAUCUUGGUUUGACUGGAGUGUAUGGGACCCUGGGAGAACUCAUUAAUGUCAGUGAAAAAUACAAGACCGCGGUGGAAGUCAUUGGAGGAAACUCCUUAUUUCAUAUCGUUGUUGAUACCGAUAGAACUGCGACCCUCAUCAUGGAGGAGCUGAUUAGACAAAAAGCAGGACGUGUGACGUUUAUGCCUCUCAACCGACUGAAUCCUAAAACCCCGUCUUAUCCGAAUACCUCUGAGUGCGUUCCGCUCAUUAAGAAGAUUGCAUUCGACGAGUAUCUGGAGCCUGCCGUGAAGCAAGUUUUCGGCAAAACAGUUGUCUGCAUCACGCUGGAAAAGGGCGCUGAAAUCUCGCAGACCUACAAACUCAACACCAUUACUCUAGAUGGCGAUAGAUGUGACCGUAAGGGCGUGCUUACGGGAGGAUUCCGCGACCAAACUCGUUCGAGAGUGGACUGUCUCAAAAACCUGACCAAGUGGAAAUCUGAGAUUUUUAGUGCCCAGGAGAAACUUGAACACGUACGGAAGGAGAUUGUCGACAAAGAUGCUCAAGUCACUAAAACAAGCGAAGCAUUGGCAAAUAAGCGCAGAGAAUUGGAUACCAUGUUCACCAAAAAAGAGUCUUACUUGUCCGCCAGGUCUAAACUUGGAAAUGAUAAAAGUAGAUAUGAUCAAGAGCUUGGCUCUCUGGAAGGGCGCAUUGAGUCAUUACGAACCUCGAUCAAGCUUUCUGAGCAACAGAUCAGCGAAUACCAGGAUGAAUUAAGAUCUGAGUUUAAGGAAUUGAAUUUGAGCGACGCCCAGCUGCAGCAGCUCAAAGAGCUUGAAGAAAGUAUUUCGAGUACUGAGCAAGAGUACACUGAGGUCAAUGAACAGCUUAACGAGCUGGAGUUGCGAGCCUCGUCGCUCAUCUCCGAGCUGAAUGGUAGUUUAUACCCUCGGUUGAGGCAGUUGAGUUUGCGGACCUUCAACUCCCAGGAAAAAUAUGACGUCAAAGUCAAAGAACUCGAACGAAACCUGCAGACAUUGGAGCAGACCAAAGAAAAGCUAGAGUCCUCGAAUUCUGAGCUGCUCAGCAAAUCAAAGGAAUUGAACAAACGGCUCAAGAGUUUGGAAGAUCAGCUUCAAAAACUUAAUGAGUCGCAACGGAACCUCUUGCGGCGACUCGAAAACUAUAGCAAAAGCUCUGAAAAGUCGUUGAGCAGAAAGGUGUUGCUGGGUAACAGGCGCGACGAGAUUAGCCGGAAAAUCAGGGACUUGGGUGUAUUGCCCGAAGAGGCGUUUACUGCGUACAAGAAUAUGAGCUCGGGAGAAGUUUUGAAUUUAUUGAAUGAGGUCACUGAGAGCCUGAAACAGUACAGUCAUGUCAACAAAAAAGCCCUAGAACAGUUUCUUAAUUUUGCCAAACAGCGUGACUCACUGGUGGCUCGGAAAGAUGAACUUGAUGAUGCUAAAGAAUCCAUUGAAGACCUAAUUUCGGUUCUUGAGCGCAGAAAGGACGAUGCCAUCAUCAGAACAUUUAAAGAAGUGAGCGUCAGCUUCACCGAGGUGUUUGAAAAACUGGUUCCCGCCGGAACGGGUAAACUGAUCAUCCAGAAACGGAGUGAAAAGGCUGGUAAAGGCAAGAACGGUAUCGAGCCAGACUCUGAUGAUGAAGACACUGAGCUCGUGGACCAAUACGUCGGUGUCUCAAUUUCUGUCUCUUUCAAUUCAAGGGAAGAUGAACAACAAAGAAUUGAACAGCUUUCAGGCGGACAAAAAUCGCUCUGUGCGAUUGCUCUCAUCCUCGCAAUUCAAAAAUGUGACCCUGCUCCAUUUUACCUCUUCGAUGAGAUAGAUGCAAACUUGGAUGCCCAAUACAGAACUUCUGUCUCACAAAUAAUUCACGAGCUUUCGCAAAACGCACAAUUCAUAUGCACUACUUUCCGUCCAGAAAUGCUCAAAGUCUGUGACAAGUUCUUUGGAGUGAUGUUCAACAACAAAGUGAGCACAGUGAGCGAAAUUGAUCAAGCCGACGCGCUUGGAUUUGUUGAGGGUCAACAACGUCGCUAG